UUCCCCGGAUUUGACGACCUCUACUGCAAGUUCUGCUUCGUCUAUGGCCAAGACUGGGUUCCCACAGCGGGCCUGGAGGAGGGCAUCUCCCAGAUCACCUCCAAGAGCGACGUCGCACCCACUACGCUCGUCUGGAACUUCCCCAUCGACAUUACCUUCAAGAGCACGAACCCAUCCGGCUGGCCACAGAUUGUCGUGAGCGUCUACGGACCUGACUUUUUUGGAAACGAUGUGGUCAGAGGUUAUGGAGCUGUUCAUGUUCCCUUCACACCCGGAAGGCAUACAAGAACCAUCGCUAUGUUUGUUCCAGAGUCCACAUCUAGACUGCAGAAGUUUACAAGUUGGUUCACAGGGAGACGCCCGGAAUUUACUGACCCCAGAGUGGUAGCACAGGGAGAAGGAAGAGAAGUAACAAGGGUGCGCUCUCAAGGCUUUGUGACCAUUUCCUUCAACGUAGUGACCAAAGAUAUGAAGAAGUUGGGCUAUGACGUGAGCCCGAGCGAUAUGCAGAACCCUUCUCUGGUGCCUGUUACAGAAGGGAUCCAUAGUCUGGCAGUGCCAGUGGACGGCACCAAGCAGCAGCUGGACGAGCAGGUGGCUGUGGCAGCGCCCACGCAGGACAUCUCCAGGGUGCCCCUCGAACACACUCAAGGAACUGAGUCCCCCAUGAGAACACCAUGA